AUUUCAAGAAACAACAACAAUAUAAUAUAUUAAAUAAAAAAGAAAAACGGCGAAAGAGUGCAACGCACAAACAACGGUAGUGGCAAUGGCCUUUCGCACGUCUAAGCACGAUUUAAGUGCGGGAGACACUUCAAUGGAACAGGAGCAUGAAAUGGAAACAAGCUCACCGACGCCAACAUUUAAUCCGCGCAAGUUGCGCUUCGCCGACGAUGAUUUUGACAAGGAUGACCUGCAGGAUAGUCCGCAACAAAAAAAGAAAUGGAAGGAUGCCCCAGCAAUUUCACCGCCUUAUCAAAAGGUGCGCGCUUUGCGUCUCUUCGAUACACCAGCCACACCAAAAACCAUAUUGAAAACGUCUACAACGUCCAACUGCAAUCAUUUAUCUGCAGCGGCUGCAGCCGUAAAUGCAACGCUAAGAGAUGAAGUCUUCAGGACGACAGAACGGCCGCGUUCCCUGCCACUGCACAAUCGAAGCAUGCAGCCGCAGGACACGGCCAAUGUGAAUCCAUUCACUCCCGACAGUCUAAUGGCACACAACAAAAAACGCUGUCGUACCCAAAUUGGACGUGAGAAUCUCACUGUACACUCUGUGCAAAAGUUUUUGCUUAGUGAUAGGAGUGACGACGAUGCUGUCUGGCUGCCAAAUGAAGGCGAUCCUAUGCGUGAGAUACAUCAGCAAGCGCCCAAGCGCCUGGCACUGCACGAUACAAAUAUCAGUCGUUUUAAGCGCGAAUUCAUGCAGGUCAGCCUCAUUGGUGUAGGCGAGUUUGGUGUGGUUUUCCAAUGCGUAAAUCGACUUGAUGGCUGUAUUUAUGCGAUUAAAAAGAGUAAGAAGCCCGUGGCCGGCAGCUCCUUUGAGAAACGCGCUCUGAAUGAGGUUUGGGCGCAUGCUGUGCUCGGUAAACACGAUAAUGUGGUGCGCUAUUACUCAGCCUGGGCGGAGGAUGAUCAUAUGCUGAUACAAAACGAAUUCUGCGAUGGUGGCAGCUUGCAGGCACGCAUUAAAGACAAAUGUCUAACCGAAUCUGAAUUAAAGAUUCUGCUUAUGCAUGUGAUAGAAGGCCUACGAUAUAUACAUUCCAAUGAUCUGGUGCAUAUGGAUAUAAAGCCGGAAAAUAUAUUCUCAACGAUGAAUCUAGUGGCAAAUAAACUAGCAACGGAUGAACAGCAGCAAUGCAAAGACGAGGAUGGCAUGGCCAGCGUCUAUGAGGAGCUGCAAAAUUCGGAAAAUCUUGUUACAUAUAAAAUUGGUGAUUUGGGACAUGUAACAUCAGUUAAGGAACCGCACGUAGAGGAGGGCGAUUGUCGGUAUUUGCCCAAGGAGAUAUUGCAAGAGGACUACAGUAAUCUCUUCAAGGCUGACAUAUUUUCGCUUGGCAUCACUCUGUACGAGGUAGCAGGCGGUGGACCCCUGCCAAAGAAUGGACCCGAAUGGCAUAAGCUGCGCAAUGGUGAGGUGCCCGUAAUAGCAUCUCUUAGUAAGGACUUUAAUGAACUCAUUUCCCAAAUGAUGCACCCUGAUCCAAAUGAAAGGCCCACUUCGAUGUCCAUAUUUAAUCACAACAUCUUAAGCGCUGUGGAUUCUAAAAGCAAAUUGCAAUUGGGUUUGGAGUUGACAGUGGAAAAGCGUAAAAAUGAGAUACUUAUCAACAAAUUGCGCGACGCAAAGAAACAAAUCAAAUUGCUCGAGCAACAAAUUUCCGUGCUUGCUUCUACAAACACAUCCGAACUUAACGAUGGUAAACGCUGCCUUCGCUCGUUUACACGGCGAAUGCGUACCCCAUUUCCAUCCCAUUCAAAAUUCGAAGGCUUACGGGAUCGGAACAAAAAUGUCAUUGCCAAUAUAUAAGAAAUAUCGAUUUUUUGUCGAACGUGAACCAAGCUCACAGCGUGUUAAAUUAAGUGUGUAUUUUUUUAAGAUAUCGUUUCUAUUUUUUCUACUAUUGUUAUCUUUUCGAAUUGAAGACCGCAAUUUUUUUUUA